AUGCUCCCCGUACGUCGGCAGAGGGAGAGGGUGGAGGAGCUGCGGCAACGCGGCGUUCAGGAGUGGCUGGCCUCUCUGUCUUUUGAUAAUCCCGACUGUCCUGACCUGCAGCUGACCAUGGGUGCAGUCAUUGUGGAAGAAAUAAGGCUGGCUGUUGAACCAGCCACUGGGUUCAGGUGUUCGGCUGGGAUUUCGCACAACAAGACACUGGCAAAACUGGCCUGUGGGUUAAACAAGCCCAACCGGCAGACACUGGUAUCUUCGCGAUUUGUUCCGCAGUUCUUCAGCCAACUGCCUGUAAGCAGCGUUCGUAACCUGGGAGGCAAGCUUGGCACUGCCAUCACGGACAUCCUGGGAGUGGAGUACAUUGGGCAGCUGACACAGUUUAGUGAGACAGAGCUCCGGACUCACUUUGGAGACAAAACUGGGUCCUGGCUUUAUGACUUGUGCAGAGGAAUUGAAGAGGAACCUGUCAAAAACCGGCACCUGCCCCAGUCCAUUGGCUGCAGCAAGAACUUCCCUGGGAGGACAGCCCUAGCCACGCAGAAGGAGGUGCAACACUGGCUCCUGCAGCUGGCCUUGGAGCUGGAAUCCAGACUGAGCAAGGACAGGAGCCAGAACCACCGAGUGGCCAGGCAGCUGAUGGUGGUCAUCCACAUGCAAGGAGACGCCCGGGUGUCACGCUUUUGUGCUCUGACCCGCUAUGACGCUCAGAAGAUGUGCAGUGAUGCCUUCACCCUCAUCCAGAACUGCAACAUGGCUGGGGCACACCAGGCGGCCUGGUCUCCACCACUCGUAUCAGUGCUUCUUUCAGCAAGCAAGUUCUCGGAGCCUGCCACCCUCUCUGCAGGCAUUGCCACCUUCCUGACAAGUGAUACCCAGACUGAUGGAACUGCCACCAACAGCCAAAACACCACAUCUUCUAGGAGGCCCAAGGUCAAAUUCUUCAGGAGCCCAAGCAAAGAACUUAGGCAGAAGCCAGCUAAUGCUAUUGAGUCGUUCUUCCAAAAGGCAUCAGAAAGGCAGCAGUCACAGACAACAGAAGCAACCAGCCUGCCUGCUGCCACCUCUGCAGAGUCACCUGGUCCCAGCUCCCCAGACCACCAAGAGAGUGAUGGUGUUGGACUUGCCUCUCUGCAGUGUGACCUGGAGUCUCCUGUGAAGCAGAGUCCCAGAGAUAGGAGUCCUGAUUUUCCUUACAAGAGGCUUCUCCAUGAGAAGUCUCUCUCUGAUGCUACAGAAACACCCUCGACCCCACCUAGCUCUAGGACCCUUAUGAAAUUAGAUCCAGCUAUGGAGGGGAAUGAGCAGAAUUUGCCACCUUCUCCUGAGCUUGCCCCACUCCCGCCCACCUCACCAGGGAACCAUCAGCCCUGCGAGAAGUGCGGGCAGCUGGUACUGGUGUGGGAGUUCCCAGAGCACAUGGACUACCACUUUGCUCUGGAGCUGCAAAGCUCUUUCCUGGAGCCCAGUGCUCCUACAGCUCCAGCAGCAGCUUCCAGCCCAAAGGCUGCAGCUUCCAGGUCUCCUGCCUUGGCAAAGAGCAAGCCCAAGACUCCAGCAGGAUCUAGUGCAAAACGACCCAGAGAGGGUGUGACAAGAACUUUAGAUUUUUUCUUCAAGCGCUUACCUCCUUAG